CAGGUUCUGGGUCAGUUUAACUUGGGGUUUAUCCUGGCGCGUCAUGGGCCCGAUGUGUUCAUAGUGGACCAGCACGCCGCGGCGGAGAAGACCACCUUUGAGCGGUUGCAGCGGUCCGUGGUGCUGACUCGGCAGCCGCUGCUGGUGCCCAUGGCGCUGCCAGCCGGGGUGCUGCUGCCCGUCGACCAACUGAUCAUCAGAGAACACAUCGACGUGUUUCGUCGCAACGGCUUCGACUUCGUGGAGCGACUUCCCGACGGGCGGCUGUUGUUGUUGUCUUCGGUUCCGGUUAGUCGUGCGACUGGGCAGUUGGGGAUGGAGGAUGUGGUGGAGCUCGUUGGUAUGCUGCGGUCGGGGGAGGGUGCAGGUGGGAUUCGUGCUAUGCUGGCCUCCCGCGCCUGCCGCUCCUCUGUGAUGGUGGGUCGGCCGCUGAAUCGCGGGGAGAUGCGGAGACUUCUGGAUGGGCUGGCGGAUCUGCGGCAGCCGUGGAACUGCCCACACGGCCGACCCACCAUGCGGCACGUGUGUGUUUUGCCGUACCAACCGGGACUACCGCCUGCCUGA